AUGUACGCCGCUCAGAAUAUAACGCCAACAGUUUUGGAUGCCAUGAACGGAAAUGUUUCCGAAUGGUAUAACGAAUGCGACAAUGCCAUUAGAAGGUCAGAAAUAGUUCCUGGAACUUACGAAUAUACAACUGCUGUUUCUUAUGGAAACGUAGGUGAGUUUGGAGAAGGUUCUUCAACAACAGUAGAUAUUGCUUGCGACAGGUUUCAUAUUAUUUCUAUUGACAACUCAUUCUUAUACGUGGAACAAGACAUUGAAAUAAAGCCUUCUGCCAAGUUGUCUGACAAGAAAGGUUGCAAUGGAAUUUUCUAUGUCGGAUACCAAUAUGCUCCAGAAGUUUUCAUGGGAUAUAAGAUAUAUUCUAACUCUGACUUAGUUCAAACAGUAACAUGGGCAAACUAUGAAUGGUUCGCUUUGAGAAACUCAGUACAACCACAAGCUAGAGAACAAACAGACCAGUAUGCAAAUAUUGAGAAAAUAAGAAGACUUGACCCUAACGUUCCAGGAGUUUAUGUUAA